GCUCCAUCCCGGAUAAAUCCUGGAUUUGCCCCUUGGUGGCGGAGACGUUCCGGCAGCUCCGCGACGCCGACGGAUCCGCGGCGGAGAAGGAUUUCCUCUACAGAUCCAUGGGAACGGCGCUGGGGCUGUGGCCCGGGAAGGAGCUGGUCCGGAGGCAGCUCCAGGAGCUCCUGGAAAAUGCCCAGUACCAGGAAGAGGCCGAGCGGGAGGGUUUGGCUUCCUGCUUCGGGAUCUGCGCCCGGAGCCACCCGGAAGAAACGUUGGAAAAAUUGGAGGAAUUUGAGCAAUCCGACGCCUGCAGGAAAUCCCAGGGAUUCUUCAGCAUCUUCAAGGACCAGAACCAGCUGGAUGUGGAGCGGCGGCGGGCAGCCCUGGACCAGAACCAGCUGGACGUGGAGCGGCGGCGGGCAGCGCUGGCGCUGUGCCUGGGCCGCUUUUUCCCUUGGGACCAGAACCAGCUGGAUGUGGAGCGGCGGGCAGCGCUGGCGCUGUGCCUGGGCCGCGUGGCGGCGGCGGCGCCUCCGGAGCCGCGGAUCCUCGGCUGCCUCCUGCGCCUCGGCCGCUCCAAG